AUGCCCGCGGCCACGGCGCUGCGUGCGCCGGCCGGGGCCCCGCCGGCCGCCGCGGCGGGCAGCGCCGAGAAGCUGAGGUUCAUCGAGGAGAUGACCUCCGACGUGGACGCCGUGCAGGCGCGCGUCCUGGCCGAGAUCCUCGCCCGGAACGCCGGCACCGAGUACCUCGCCCGCUGCGGCCUCGCGGGCGCCACCGACCGCGACGCCUUCCGCGCCAGGGUGCCCGUCGUCACGUACGAGGACCUGCAGCCGGACAUCCAGCGCAUCGCCAACGGCGACCGCUCGCCCAUCCUCUCCGCGCACCCCAUCUCCGAGUUCCUCACCAGCUCUGGGACUUCGGCCGGCGAGCGCAAGCUGAUGCCGACCAUCAAGGAAGAACUCGACCGGCGCCAGCUGCUGUACAGCCUCCUCAUGCCCGUCAUGAACCAGUACGUGCCGGGGCUGGACAAGGGCAAGGCGCUCUACUUCCUGUUCGUCAAGUCGGAGACGACGACGCCCGGCGGCCUCACGGCGCGUCCCGUGCUGACGAGCUACUACAAGAGCGAGCACUUCAAGAACCGUCCGUUCGACCCGUACCAUGACUACACGAGCCCCACGGCGGCCAUCCUGUGCGCCGACGCGUUCCAGAGCAUGUACGCGCAGAUGGUGUGCGGUCUGUGCCAGCGCCACGACGUGCUCCGCGUGGGCGCCGUCUUCGCGUCGGGCCUGCUCCGCGCCAUCCGCUUCCUGCAGCUCCACUGGGAGCAGCUCGCCGACGACAUCGAGCGCGGGUCGCUGACCCCGCGCGUGGCCGACCCGUCGGUGCGCGAGGCGGUCGCGGGCGUCCUCCGCCGCCCGGACCCGGAGCUGGCGCGCUUCCUCCGCGCCGAGUGCUCCCGCGGCGACUGGGCGGGCAUCGUCACCCGGGUGUGGCCCAACACCCGGUACCUGGACGUGAUCGUGACCGGCGCGAUGCAGCAGUACAUCCCCACCCUGGAGCACUACAGCGGCGGCCUCCCGAUGGCGUGCACCAUGUACGCCUCCUCCGAGUGCUACUUCGGGCUCAACCUCCGGCCCAUGUGCCACCCGUCGGAGCGGCGUGCCGGCGGCGGCGGCGACGCGGCGGUGGCGCAGCUGGUGGACCUGGCCCGCGUGGAGCAAGGGCGCGAGUACGAGCUGGUGAUCACCACGUACGCGGGGCUGUACCGGUACCGCGUCGGGGACAUCCUCCGGGUGGCCGGGUUCCACAACGCGGCGCCGCAGUUCCGGUUCGUGCGCCGCAAGAACGUGCUGCUCUCCAUCGAGUCCGACAAGACCGACGAGGCGGAGCUGCAGCGCGCCGUGGACCGCGCGUCGGCGCUGCUCCGGGAGCGCGGCGCGGCGGUGGCCGAGUACACGAGCCACGCGUGCACCCGGAGCAUCCCGGGCCACUACGUCAUGUACUGGGAGCUGCUGGCCACCAGCAAUGGCGCGGAGGCCGCCGCGGGCGGCGACGUGCUGGAGCGCUGCUGCCUGGAGAUGGAGGAGGCGCUCAACUCGGUGUACCGGCAGAGCCGCGUGGCGGACGGCUCCAUCGGCCCGCUGGAGAUCCGGGUGGUGCGGUCGGGCACGUUCGAGGAGCUCAUGGACUACGCCAUCUCCCGCGGCGCGUCCAUCAACCAGUACAAGGUGCCCCGCUGCGUGUCCUUCCCGCCCAUCGUGGAGCUGCUCGACUCCCGCGUCGUGUCGCGCCACUUUUCCCCGUCGCCGCCGCACUGGGCGCCAGAUGCUGCUCCUGCUCGCCUCUCGUCCGACUAG